AACAUUUCCAAGGUUGACUGCCUUGGUGAAAAACAUCUAAUUAUUUUGACCAGUGCUUCUCACACAAUGACAAAACAAGCAUGAAGCAUGAAAUGAGUGGGUGGGUGGUUACUAAAGUUUGCAGACUUGCAUUAGGCUACUUGUGAUGUCUUAUAAAACAGUGUAAUGACAGUUAAACAAAAAUGUUUAUAUUCUGUACGUAUAUACAGCAUGUGUGUGUGUUCCCAGAAUUUUCCAACAGGUGGCAGCACUGCGUUUUAGAGUUUGCCAUGGAAAUCCAAAAGAACAAACAGACAGUGCGCAGAAGCAGUGUUGCCAAGUCCUCAGUUUUCCCACCGAAUUUUAACACUUUAACACUAUUGCCGCGGGUUGAAGCGAACCCAAUAACGUAAUAUUUAGCCCUUGGUAUGCUAAUUUUAUCAGGGGAAAAUCGUGUAUUUUUGUUCUAAUUUUGUGCUAGUUUUUAGUAGCAGUUUGGGCGGGGUUUGUUGUGAAAACCUGGCAACCUGCGCAGAAGACAGGAUUGCCAAAUCCGCAUUUUUACCGGAAUAUUUUUAAACGGGUUGUUUUUUGUAGUCUGCGGGUUAAAGCGAUCUUCCCUGUACGCUAUUUCGACGUAGGAAUACAGACGAAGGGUGAAACGGCGGUAAAAACAUUACCAGACUAGGUUUGGGAUAGUUUUGAUUGAUAGCAAUUGGGCUGGUUUUGUUUCGCACACCUGGCAACCCACAGGCUAAAGCUAAAAGGGAGGUUUUCAACUAUCGUGAAUGAAUGUUGUAUAUUUUCAGUCUGUAUGUGAAAGAUGAUCUCGAUUUACAGAGGUUACGGAUAUUAACCAGAACCAUAGUUCAAAUACGUAAUGAAUAGCAUUAUGUGUCCCGGUUUAUGGUUAAUUACAGUGUAAUAUGUUGGCAAAGAGUUUUUCACUGGCUCGUAAUCUGAUGCCCAUCCCACAACAGUCUACAAGUGAAGGUUAAUUCCCAUAGUCCUAGAGGUGAAACUCCACGUCUGUGACACACCAUGGAGUUUGUUGAAGUGGAGAUUGAUGACUUGAGCGAUCCAGAAACAUCCGUAAUGAAUGGUGAUACUGAUACUGAGGAACAAACAGAACGGAUGGAGGUCAAAGACCAAAGACGAGAGCUAAAUGAGAAGCAUCAUAACUUCAAAACUCAAAGAAAAUCCAAAAAGCGGCACACCUGCUCACAGUGCGGCAAGAGUUUCAGACUCAAAUUCCGUCUCAGAGAUCAUCUCUGGUGUCACUCUGGAGAAAAGCCAUUUAACUGUGAUCAGUGUGGUAAAAAAUAUUCCUCGUUAUCAAAUCUAAAACUUCACCUGAAAGUUCAUUCAGAUGAGAGGCCUUACUUAUGUUCUGUGUGCGGAAAGAGUUUCUCACGGUUGUACUCUUGUAGACUGCAUCAGAAAACACAUAAUGAAGUAAGAGAUCACGUGUGUUGUGAGUGUGGGAAGAGCUUUACUACAGUGGGACAGCUGAAACAGCAUCAAAGAAUUCACACUGGAGAAAGACCUUUCAAGUGCUCAUAUUGCGACAAGAGCUUCUCUCAGCCUGGAAACCUGAAAUCACACGAGCAAGUUCAUACUGGAGAGAAGCCGUACCAGUGUACUCAGUGCGGAAAGAGUUUCAAAUAUUCAAGAACUCUCAAUUAUCACAUGCGUGUUCACUCUGCAGAAAAGCCAUUUACCUGUGACCAGUGUGGCAAAGAGUUUAAUUCAUCAUCAGAUCUGAAAAACCACCUAAGAAUUCAUACAAAUGAGAGGCCUUAUGUGUGUCCUCUUUGUGGGAAGAGUUUUCCACUGUUGGUCAAUUGUAAUCGGCAUCAGAAAAUUCACACCGGUGAGAAAGAUCAUGUGUGUAGUGAGUGUGGAACGAGAUUUUUUUCACCAAGCCAACUGAAAUACCACCAAAGAAUUCAUACUGGAGAAAAACCUUAUAAAUGCUCAUACUGUGACAAGAGAUUCCCUCAGCUUUCACAACAGAAAUCACAUGAACGAAUUCAUACCGGAGAGAAGCCGUACAGCUGUACUCAAUGUGGAGAGAGUUUCAGACAUUCAAACUCUUUAGCGCUUCAUAUGAAAAAGCAUUUUCCACCAAGUCCAUCCAUUCAUCCAGUUAGUUAGUUUUCAGGUGCUUUGUGGACAUGACAAAUAUUUAUACAUUCAAAUAGCCAAAGUAAUUGCACGGUUUCUGCAAAACACGGUACUGAAGAAUAAAAAUGUGUAAGUAAAAGUCAAUAAAAUGAGUUUUUUUGGCAACAUAUAUGCUGUUUACAUAUAUAAGCAUUAUGGCACUGAAGCAAAUUUUUCUUCAGAUCCUGUGUUUUAAUUAAAAAUUUGAGAUUCAGAUAAAGUAAAUGUGUUAGUUACAAUAAGCUUGAGUUGUUUAAAAUCUGAACAGCUUAAACUUUGUAUUACAAACACUUCCUGUAUUCCUGUGAAUCGCCUGUUGUAUUCCUCAAUUUUAAUGUUUUCUGUUAUGUUGGGGGACAGAAAGUUUUGAGUCACUUGAAACUUACAUUUAUGUAUUUUUAUUGUUUGACUGAACGUCCCCUCAUUAAAGGAGAACUCCACUUCCAGAACAACAAUUUACAAAUAAUUUACUCAACCCCUUGUCAUCCAAGAUGUUUGUGUCUUUCU